AUCCCGUUGCAGGGAGGGAGGGCGGGAGAGAGAGAGAGAGAGAGAAUGUAUAGAACAAUCGCUCACUAACCAAUACAUUUACCAGUCCCAUUGCCCAUUGCUUCCACUCAUGCUCUCUGUCUCAUGUGUUUAAUCCUGCUUCCUUACCAAUGGACGGGUUUGCUCUUGCCACUGCCACCGCCGCCGCCGCCACGGCCACCGCAGCCUCCGACGUCCGAUUCUCUGCACCUUCCGGCAUAAUCGGUUAUAGAAGACGACGACGAAUGAUUCGAAAUGUAUCUCUCCGCUCAAAACCUAGUCAAUUUGUCGUUUCGGCCUCCAGGGAAGAGCCUCAGCUUGACUCGUGGGACCGGAUGGAGCUCAAAUUCGGCCAGUUAAUUGGCGAAGAUCCCAAACUCACCAUUGCAAAGAUAAUGAGUAGAAAAUCAAACCCUGAAAUGUCUUAUCUGGAAGUUGAGAAAUCAUUUUAUAAGAAGAAGGGUAAAUCAGUAACCGAUGAGAUAGAAGAGUUUCCCUUUGAUGGAUCGGAAGAAGGGAAAUCAUCAAAAUCGGUGAGCGGAUUGAAUUUGGUCCGGCCAGUGACCAAGAAAGGAAUCAAGUCUGGGGUUGAGAAUAAACCUAUACAAUCAGGGGUAAAGAAACCAAGCCAACAACCAGCAAGGAAGCCAUUAGAUAACAAUAAAGGUAGCCUUCCUAAUGUUAUUUUGCGGAAGCCAACCACAUUCAACGAGGAUGAUAUUGGAUCUGAAAAAUCCUCAAAGUUGAAAAUGAAACCAAAUUUGUUAUUGAACAUGGGGAAAAUACAGAAGAAAGAGAAGUUUAGUGAUAUCACGUUGUUAAUGAAGCCUGAACUGAGGAGUGGGGCCUUGAAUUGUGACGAACAAGGACCCUCUGCUGAUGAUGAUACCACAGUAAAGGAUGGUGUGGGAGAGAAUAGUGGCAGAACAACACCUGUAUUUUCUGAAGCAACCACUGAUGUCACACUCUUAAACUGGCCUAAAGAAAAGGAUUUCAAUUCAGAGGAUUGUAAAGGGUCUAGCUCUUUUGAUGAUCUUGAAGUGCCUGGUUCCAGAGGUGUGAACUCAUCUACUGAAAAAGUUAAUCCAGCAGAAAGCAGUUAUGCUGAAUCUAUGGUGAGUGGAAAUGCUUCAACCCCAGGAGAUUUUGGGCUAGAGGAUUCUGCUACAGGAUUGCAGCAACCUGAUCAAAGUGAGAUAGGUUCUACUGACAAAAUAAGUGCUUCUGAUGCACCUUCAGAAACAAAAUUGGUGGACGGUAACAUCAACUUCUCUAUGGAAUCAGCUCUCAAAGGGAAACCAGCAAGGCUAGACCAAUCUGGAAAAGGCAAAUCAAAGUUAACUAGAGAGGAGAUAGCUGUUGUGAACACCGAAAGUUAUGGAAAUGCUUUUGAGCUUGAGAAUUUCCUUGUAACCUCACCUAUAAAGGAACAUGAAGAUAAUGACUGGAGAAGGGCUGAGGAUCUGGUUAAAACAGGAUCAAGAGAAGAAGUGGAGCUGAUAAGUUCCAGUACUAGAGGCUUUGUUGUAUCUUUUGGCUCUUUGAUAGGAUUUUUACCAUACCGUAAUCUUGCUGCCAGGUGGAAGUUCUUAGCUUUUGAAUCAUGGCUGAGGAGGAAAGGCUUGGAUCCAUCUAAGUACAAGCAGAGUUUAGGCAUUGUUGGGAAUUAUGGGAUAUCAGAGAGUGCUUCUCUUGAUUCAAAUCUGGGUGCAGAAUCAGCUCAACAAUCUGAUGUAGAGAUUUCACCUGAUAUGAAACUGGAAGAUCUUCUUAGGAUAUAUGACCAAGAAAAGCUCAAAUUCUUAUCAUCCUUUGUUGGCCAGAAAAUCAAAGCAAAUGUAGUAUUGGUUGACAGAAAAACUAGAAAGUUACUGUUUUCCCUAAAGCCAAAAGAGAAGAUGGAAAUGGUUGAGAAAAAGAGAAGUCUGAUGGCCAAACUUAGCAUUGGAGAUAUUGUGAAAUGCAAAAUCAAAAAGAUUACUUACUUUGGUAUUUUUGUUGAGGUAGAAGGAGUACCUGCACUAAUUCACCAGACAGAAGUUUCAUGGGAUUCUACUUUGGACCCUGCAUCAUAUUUCAAAGUUGGUCAGGUUGUGGAGGCAAAAGUUCACCAGUUAGAUUUUUCGCUUGAACGCAUUUUUCUAUCAUUAAAGGAAAUAACGCCAGAUCCAUUGAUUGAGGCAUUGGAGGCUGUAAUUGGUGAUCGACAUUCCCUAGAUGGGAGAUUACAAGCAGCUGAAGGAGAUACUGAGUGGACGGAUGUGGAGUUUCUUAUCAAGGAAUUGCAGCAAUAUGAAGGGAUCCAAUCUGUAUCAAAAGGUCGCUUUUUCCUGAGCCCUGGAUUGGCUCCUACCUUCCAGGUUUACAUGGCAUCCAUCUUUGACAAUGAAUACAAAUUGCUUGCUCGAGCAGGAAACAAAGUGCAAGAGGUAAUAGUUCAAACGUCCUUGGGUAAAGAGGAAAUGAAAUCUGCCAUUCUUACUUGCACCAACCGCGUUGAAUGAGACGACACACUGCUGCUCUGGCUUUUCCAUGUGUCGAUACCCUCCCUGUUCGGAGAGUUUGAUGAAUGCUGAUCCUCACUGAUCUCGGCAUUCAAUAGCACUUCUUGUUAUUAAAGGGAAAGGAGAAGAAAAAGGGCAAGAUGAUGUUCCAUCCUUGCAAAGAUUCUUCCCAUUUUUCUACCCAUAAACUUAAUACAGAUCUGUUUACACUGUGGAGGAAACUUCAAAAUGAUGUAAUUAUAAUUCUUUUGAUAUGGUAGUAAUAUAUAUAUAUAUACAUACAUACAUAUACAUGUAACUGUAUUAAUGUCAUUUAAUGGGCUAACUUGUUCAAUUUUCUUUGGUCAAAA